GAUCAGCAAACAGUUUUAGUAUUUUGGCAAACUAAAAUAUGGCCUACUUUUGCAAGUUUUAUCAAUACUCGAUGAACCUAUGACCUAUUUAUUAGGAAUUUUUCUUGGUCUUUGUUCUCUGUGAUGAGCUAAAACGUGAUUACUGAACAAUGCAAUUAAUAUAGCUGAAAACUAUUUUAUGAAGUAUGGAGUCUAAACAUGGCAUGGCAUGAACACGAGCCAUUUCAGCAUUUUAUAUGCAGUCAAUCGCCUCAAAGGAGUUUGAAAACAAAGUACAAUAAAAAAAACAACUUAACAGGAAACUUUACACCAUCAUACAAGUACUUUGACAUUCCUUCAUUAGAUAGGGAAAGUAUGCGACAAAGUAUUUUGGAUGCUGUAAUGAAGAAAACAGAAUCCAGAAUGGUUGAGAGGGACAGCGAUGUUAACCCAUUGUAUGAAGAUCCACGGGAUGUUAUUGGUGAUAAACCAACUAAGCCACCAAGAAAGAAAAAUAUUCAAGGAAUUGCUGUCACUUCUCCCAGAAGCAAAGAAAAUAGAUCAAAACUUAAGGAGCAGAAAAGAAAGUUGAGUAAGAAGUAUGAGGGGCUAGUGAUGGCGCUGAUGGAGAAAUGCGAAGAAAAUGUUAUAGUGAUUUCAGAAAAGGAAUCUCACAUAACAAAACUUAGAGAUAAACUCAAAACUGUGCUAGAAUAUAAUAAAUUGUUUUCGGAAGAAAAUGAUCGGCUUAAGGCAGAGUAUACAAUAUUAGCCAAGUACACUGAAGAAUGCAAAGGAGUUAUAAAAGAUGAAAGAGAUAGAUAUUUUGAGUUGGAAAAGAAAGCAAAGAUUUUAGAAGACAAACUAAAACAAUAUGAAAUACCUAGCAAAGAGCCAUCUCUAGUACCUCUUGUUGAGGUAUGCAUGAAUUGCAGUAGCCGACAAAUAGUACUCAACCAAGCCAGAGAAAACAAUCUACGCCUGCAAAAAGAUAUGCAAGCAAUGAAGGAUGUUUUAUAUAGAUUAAAUGUUCAACUUUCGAGAUACCAAGAGAAAAUACGUUCAAACAUUCAAAACAUAACUGAAGGAAAAGUUUUUAAGCCGAUGGAGUGUAACUAUGAUGUUGAUUCUUUACUUACACCAAAUUCAAGGCAGCACAUUGACACAGAUGCUGAUAAGAAAUCUGACCCAGUUCAUGAGCAAACAGAAAAAUUCGUAGAUCUGUCAGGUCUGUUGAGCGCUCAAGCUCUUGCACCACUUUUCGAUGCUUACCAAGAAAAUUUGCAAGAAAAAGACAAUCUUAUAUUGGAUUACGAAAAACAAUUUGAAGAGAUUAACAAAAAAUCUAAGCAAAUUGUGCUUGAAAACAAAACACUUGUAGAAAAGUUAGGCGUUGUGGAAGAUGAAUUGGCGAAAUUGAGACAGAACUACAAAAAGUUGGCGAUCGAGAAAGAGACGGGUGAUGUAGAACGAGCUACGUCGUUAGAGAGAGCCGAGAAGGCGGAGGCGAAACUUAAAGAAGUUUAUGAACUUUAUGAAGAUAAAAUAUCGGCAAUGGCAAGAGACUACGAGACGGUGCACCGCGAAUACUUCAAUGUGAAGCACGCGCUGGACGCGUCGUCGGGCCGCCUCGCCGCCAUGGACGCGAUCCGCGCGCGCACUGUGCCCGCUGACCUUCACGAGCGACGAUUGGACGACUGCAAGAGGCUUUUGGAGGAAUUAAAACAACAAUACAAUUUGGAAUCGGAACGUAAGACAGAGCAGUUAAAAAAGUUGGAAGGCGAAUACAGAGCAAUGGAGGAGAGGUAUGAUAAGAUCUGUCAAGAGCAUGAGGCAGUGAAGCAAGAGUUGCAGGCGGCACUGAAAAACGUCAAGCUGUACCGCAAGGCGGCGGUGGUGUUCCGUCAACGUGCGCGGUCGGCGACAGCGCGGGCAACACGCGCCCGUCGCACCCAGCGACACCAUGCGUCAGAGCCGCUACGGAAAGCGCUCUAUGCGCUGGAGCGGAUCAAAAGCGAAAUUAAGCAAGUGAAGUCUCAAGCUCACAUCUCGCUGGAGGAGCUAGAGCGUCGUAUACUGGAGCAGCAGCGUCGCGCGGCGCACGCGCAGGACGAGUACCGGCGCGAGCUCGACCGCGCGUCACUCGCGCUGGACCACAAGGAGCGCAUCAUACAGAGCCUGCUGGACAAGGUGGCCGAUGUGGAGGAAGUCAGGUUAAGCCAAGCGAACACGAGUCGUCUGCAGGGCAUUGUGACUGCGUCUUCGUCCGAAAAGUCGACGCCCACGAAGACGCCAGAGAAUAAAACUGGCAAACUUGUACCCGGACCAGGAGGCUACUAUAAGGAUAAGGAGAGUCGAAGGAAAAAGUAACUCCAUGACUCCAUUAAGUGAAUUAAAUCAGUCUAUAUUGGUUCACUGCUGGACAUUGGCCUCUCAAUGAAUGCCAAGAUGGCCGAUC